AUGAAUGGAAAUACGGUUGAUUUAUCAACCAAAAAUGCUGGAAAGGUUGGCAGAAAAUGUGUGCAUGUUAGCCCAAGAAAAAUUAAACAAGUUCCUCUAAAUCGUCGUUCCACUGUUCGAUCUCUGGCAAAAGCUAUCAGCGUGUCAAAGACCACUGUUCACAGGAGAGUGCAGGAAGGAUUAAUUCGUCCACAUACGAAUGCGGUUAAACCCACUUUGACUGAGGACAAUAAAAGAACAAGGUUAGAAUUUUGUCUAUCUCAAAUUGAUCCCGAUACUUUAUUAUUUUCCGACAUGUUUAAUGUUGUUCACAUUGAUGAAAAGUGGUUUUACAUGUGUAAAACCACUACCAAAUAUUAUCUUGUUCACGAUGAGCCUGAGCCGACACGACGCGUUAAAAGUAAGCGAUUCAUUACUAAAGCAAUGUUUCUUGCUGCUGUUGCUCGACCUCGGAAUGGUUUUUCUGGAAAAAUUGGUAUUUUUCCAUUUACUUUCAUUGAACCGGCUAAGCGAAAUAGCAAAAAUCGUGUUGCUGGAACUAUGGUGACAAAAGUUGAUGAAUCCAUUACUAAGGAAAAGGUUAAAUCUUGUUUGAUUGAGAAGGUUAUACCAGCGAUCCAUGCUAAGUGGCCACAGGGUAUGCGUACAAUAAUUAUCCAGCAAGAUAAUGCAAAGCCUCAUAUUGAUUGUAACAAUGCUGAGUUUAUGCAAGCUGCUUCGAAAGAUGGGUUUGAUAUCCGUCUUAUAUGCCAGCCCCCUAAUAGUCCAGAUUUAAAUGUUUUAGAUCUUGGAUUUUUUCGAUCUAUUCAAGAUUUGCAGCAUGAAAAAGCACCCACCACAAUUGAGGAGUUAGUGGCUGCGGUUAAACAAUCUUUUGAUGAAUAUCCAGUUGAAAAACUUAACAGAGUAUUUCUGACUCAACAAACGUGUAUGAAGGAGAUUAUGAAAUUCAAAGGGGACAAUGAUUAUAAAAUUCCACAUAUGGGUAAAGAUAGACUUGAACGUGAAGGCACACUUCCUUUACAAAUAAGAUGUGAAUCUGAUCUUGUGAAUGAUGUUGUUGCGUAUCUUGAAGAACAAGAGCAGUGA